AUGAGCCAUGUGAAUUUGUACAACAGUGCAUGUGAUGAAAGAUUUGUCUGUCUUUUAAAAGUAGUAAAACGUGACCAAAUUAAACAAGUGAAAAGAAGCAUAAAAAGCGAAAAUUAUUUUAUAGCUCUAAAUGCAUUUCGUUUACGAUUUUCUCCAUCAUGUCAUUUAAUGGUAAAAUUUGAUCUUUUUCCUAAUGUCGAUGUCGUAAGCUUCAGAGAGUUUUUAGUUCUUCAGGCAAAAACAAAAAGAUUCAAUUUUGAACUUAAACAUGAGAAAAAGAACAAAAACAUAGCUAAGCAAAUUUCUCUACAGCUGUCUCAAUAA